AUGUCUACGUCUAAUAUAGCAACAGCUCCUGAAAGUGUCGAACCUUCGGUCCUCGAAGAGAAGACUGAGGUUGGCAUACUUAAGACGCCACUUUCGGCUCCCACCGCAAGUAGCACCGCACCUGAGAAGCAGGCUCUUACUGCCGACCAGACAACCAAGUAUGACUGGCUUCUAAGCCGCGUGAAGGAAUGGACGGAAGUUCAAUCUAAAGAGAAGAGCGGUCCCUUGACUGACGGCGAGAAGAUGUGGCUCACGAGGGAGUGUCUGCUAAGAUACCUAAGAGCUACCAAGUGGCAUGAAAAGGACGCAGAGAAGCGUCUGCAAGAAACUCUGGCCUGGAGGAGAGAAUAUGGAGUCGAGGAAUUAACUGCAGAACACAUUGGACCUGAGAAUGCUACUGGAAAGCAAAUCUUGCUUGGUUACGACAAGCAUUGCCGUCCUUGCCAUUACCUAAAUCCAGGACGUCAGAAUACCGAGGUCUCGCCCCGACAAGUCCAACAUCUUGUUUUUAUGCUCGAGCGGGUCAUAGACCUCAUGCCGGCUCAGCAGGAAACCCUUAGUCUCCUCAUCAACUUCAAGUCAGGCAAGAGCCGCACAAACACUGCUCCUGGCAUCGGCCAAGGCCGCGAGGUCCUAAGCAUCCUCCAGACGCAUUAUCCCGAGCGGCUCGGACGGGCCAUGAUUAUCAACAUCCCUUGGGUUGUAAACGGCUUCUUCAAGCUCAUUACGCCGUUCAUCGACCCAUUGACGAGGGAGAAGUUAAAGUUCAACGAGGAUAUGACGCAGUUUGUACCGAAGGAGCAGCUGUGGGCGGAAUUCCCAGGCGGUGAGCUGCAGUUCGAGUAUGAUCACGAUGUCUACUGGCCUGCGCUGCAGAGGCUUUGUGCCGAGAAGCGUGCGGAGCAAGUGCAGAGGUGGGAAGCUGGAGGCAAGCAGAUCGGAGAGAAGGAAGACUACCUUAAAGGCCAUGACGUCCAAGGAGUGUCGCCACCCCCUGGUUAUUCUACCGACACCACCCAGGGUAGUACUGCAGUUUAA